AUGGAAAAGGCUAACUUGCUGCGUGGUUUGUAUCCAGUGCCCAGCCUUGGCUCUGUCAGCGCAGUCUUGAGGAGGAGGAGCUACAGGUUCCAGGUGUCUCUGCUGCUGGAUGAGCUGGCCCAUGUUCCCCUGGUGAACGGAGUGCUCUUCUGCAAGGUCAGGCUUCUGGAUGGGAGCUACAAGCACGAGUCUAUGAGGUACAUUAACAUGAGGAAAGAGCCCACUCUGCAGCUCGUCCGCUUCAUAGCAGCUGAUCAGAUUCAGAACCUCAAAAUGGGUUUUGCCGAUAUCAAUCUGUCAGAGUUCGCUGGGUCAGGCUUUCAGAUUCACCACUCAAUCCUGGAGAUGUACGACAGCAGAGCAAGCAAGCCUGACAACUCCAUACUCAAGGUUGGAAUCCAGAUGCAGCUUCUGGCUGGAGACCCCUGCUUCAGAGUGCCAGCGUCUACGACCAACACAGCCACUCUGCCAGAGGUGAGGCCCUCGGUUUCAAACGCCAGCACGGAGCCCCAGGGCACCAGCAGAGACUUUGGGGGAGUCCCGAGCUCGGAUUCUCUGCUCCAGCACUUCGAGGUGUGUGGCUCCCUGUCCCCGGAGGCUGUCCCCCAGGACGUGGAGCAGCAGGAGCGUGUAGCCGUGGCAGGUCAGCUGUCUCGCGUGGGGAAGACCCGGGUAGAUGCUCGAGAUGUGGUGGAGAAUCUGUGUCUCGAGAACCUGGGCCAGGAGACAGACCUGGUCCCCCCCGCGGAGGAUGGUGGUCUAGUGUUGUAUGUUGGCCCUGAUGGUCAGACUUCCCUGGGGCAAGAACACAACCCAGACAGGCAAGUCCCACGCAGGUUUAGAGUGGGGGCAUUCAAACUGCAUAAGAUGGAACGAGCCCAAUGCAGAAGAACCUCAAUGUCAGGAACUCUACUCUUACAGUGAUUAAGAAAGUUUACAAACGAGAGGAGACCAUUCAGCCCAUCUUGCUCGUUUGGUUGUUAGUAGCUUAUUGAUCCCAGAAUCUCAUCAAGCAGCUUCUUGAAGGAUCCCAGGGUGUCAGC